AGGCCGACAUGGUACUGGCAAGAGAGGCUGAAAGAGUUGUGGGGGAAAUAGUUUUGAGAUUUCUGAAGGAUAUGUUGCGCUUGGUUCUUGGGAUGGGGCUAGGGAUGCCAAUGAUGUGACGGUGGUCGGAGAUAUUGAGGUUGAGGCUGGAGAGCUGAAGUAUAAAGAUGUCCCGAGAACUGCUGGUUGUACAACGGGCCAGGAAGUCCUUCCAGACUGGGAAAACCAAGCCUCUGGAGUACAGAAUUCACCAGCUGAAGAACCUGCUACGCUUCCUCUCAGAGAGACGGAGUGACAUUGCAGAUGCUGUCAAACGUGAUCUCGGCAAGAGUGCACAUGGGACCGAGUUGUUUGAGACACUGGGACUGGAAGGAGAGAUCAAUCUGGCUAUUGAGAAACUGGCAGAGUGGGCGGCCCCUCGGCCAGUAGAGAAGAGCCUCCUCACCAUAUUUGAUGAGGUUUAUAUCCAGCCGGAGCCUCUGGGAGUGAUGCUCAUCAUCGGGACCUGGAACUACCCGUGGGCUAUCACCCUCCAGCCACUGGUUGGAGCUAUUGCUGCUGGUAACGCAGCAGUAAUAAAGCCAUCUGAGGUCAGCUCCCACUCUGCCAAGGUCAUGGAGGAACUUCUCCCUCAGUAUCUAGACAAAGAUCUGUACCCAGUGGUGACGGGUGGAGUGCCGGAGACCCAGGAGCUGCUGAAGCAAAGAUUUGACCAUAUUUUCUACACAGGAAGCAGCACUGUGGGUAAACUGGUGAUGGCGGCUGCGGCUCCCCACCUUACCCCGGUGACCCUGGAGCUAGGAGGGAAGAGCCCCUGCUACAUCGACAAGAACUGUGACAUUCGUGUCGCAUGUCGACGCAUUACUUGGGGAAAGUUUGUCAACUGUGGCCAGACAUGCAUUGCUCCAGACUUCAUCCUGUGUGAGCCCUCCAUCCAGAGCCAAGUAGUAGAAGAGAUCAAGAAGUGCAUCAAGGAGUUUUACACAGAUAAUCCAGAAACGUUUGAGGACUACGGACGCAUUAUAAACCAGCGGCACUUUAAGAGGCUCAUGGCUCUUAUGGAGGGGAGCACAGUGGCUGUUGGUGGAAACAGUGAUGAAUCCCAGUGCUACAUAGCCCCCACUGUGUUGAAGGAUGUGACGGAGGAAUCCGAAGUAAUGAAGGAGGAGAUCUUCGGGCCACUUCUGCCCAUCAUCACCGUUAGCGGUGUAGACGAGGCCAUCCAGUUUAUUAAUGAGAGAGAAAAACCUUUGGUUAUAUACAUCUUCUCCCAUGACAACAAGCUGAUCAAAAAGGUGAUAGCGGAGACGUCCAGUGGAGCUCUGCUGGCCAAUGACUGUCUGGUGCACUACACCGUUAGCGCUCUGCCCUUUGGAGGAGUUGGUAACAGCGGCAUGGGUUGUUACCACGGUCGGCACAGCUUUGACCAGCUCAGCCACCUGCGCAGCUGUCUGAUCAAGCAGCUAAAGAUGGAGGGAGUCAACAGCAUGCGCUAUCCCCCGCACACAGCCAAAAAGCUGGGCUGGGCGCGCUUUUUGCUCAAGCAGGUCAACAUGUGCAGGCUGCGGCGCAUGGCACUGCUGGCCACGUUGGCCAGUGUGGCCAGCGUGGCAGCAUUUGUGGUGCAGGUAAAGGAACUAAAAUACCCCAGUUCGGUCCCAAGAGCAGUAAAAGGUUUUGCUUUGAUAUCUGCAAUUUUUUAUUUUACACGCCUGUAGAUUCUAGAAAGUUUCCUGUAAAGAACAAUUUGGUAGUAAUUACAGGGGAAUUAAAGUUCGAGUCAUUUAUGUGAGUUUUGUUCAGUUUUUCCAUAGGAACGGCCACUGCAUUUUAACCCACGUAAAUGUGGAGUCAUUAUGUGAAACAUCAUUCCCACUCAUAUUACUUAACUUUAAGUCCUUUCCUGAAGUCUCAUGUAAUGUUUUUUUGAACAAAAAGCCCGUCAAACAAAGACUCUGUCUCACUUUGGGUUAGUAAUCAACCAAAGUGCCAGAGACCAAUGACACCAACAUAAGCUUUGUUUACAACUUUUCAUCAAAAUAACCAAUAGCUGCUAAUGUUGCCGCUGGUAAGACUCCUGCUACCUUUUGAGGCCAACGCCAUUCAAGUGCCUAUUAAAACAAUAAAGAAAAACACAA